UCCACCACUCCUCUGGCUCUCCCAUUCCAGAGCUUGACCAUCCUCUCAGUGAAGGAAUUUUCCCUGUUAUCCAACCUAAACCCCUUCCCUGCACAACCUGGGGCCAUUUCCUCUUGUCCUAAAUGAAUCCAUAAAAAUCCAUAUACGGGAUGAAGUAAAAACUAAAGUCACCUCUGAUGAACACAAAGCCACGGGAAUGCAGUUUUUUCUCUGGAAAACAUAAAAAAUAUUCCUCUUUCCCACUCCAUCCCUGCUCUGGGAUCACACCUACCCCUGGGAAGGGGCUCAGCAGCAUCUCCCCCCUGGUCCCUGCUCAGUCUCCCACCCUCCAGCCUCACAUCUUAUUUAUUUUCCUCGUAGGUGGAGAGCUGUGACUCAGUGGUGAAUCUUGGUUUCAAGGAUCACACAAUACUUUACCAGCCAGUUUCAAUGAACCAGAAAAAAAAAUUAAAAAAAGAAAUAAAAAAAAUUGGGAAUUUCCCUUUUCCUUCCCAUCUGUGGUGACUACGGAGAGUGCAGAGUCCUGCCUUUGGAAAGGCUGACUGACAUCCACAGCUCAGGGCUUGGAGCUGUGCAGGAUUUUGGAGAUCUUCACACACAGAAAAGGCAAUUCAACGUUUUUCUUGGAAAGUUUGCCUUGCAGGUUGCCAAGUGCAAGAUGGCUCAGCACAAAAGCUGCCGUUCAUCCUCCCCACAUUCCUGCUGUCCACGCCUCCCUCCCGCCUGGAGACAACGGGGACAUUUAAGGAUGCUUCAGGUUUGCUUUGUUUGUGGUUGGAUGCUCGGGGAGCUUUGGGGAUGACACCAGCAGUGAUGCUGCUCCCUGUCCUGCACUCCCUGGCUGGAGCAGUGGGAGCUGCCCUGGGCACAGUUUUGCUCUUUCUGGGCCCACUGGAAGGAGAGUUGAGAUGCUCAACCCACAGGAGGGGUCUCGGGGCAGGCCAGGGCUGGGGGAUUUAAAAUAAGGGAGUAACGUGGCAAAACAACCAGGGGAGGGCUCCUCGGGUCUCAUUCUGCCUCCAGUUUGACUGAAGUUGGUCCCCUCAUCCCUGCCAGCACCCUGCUGCCUCUGUCCCAGCCUCCACUGCCUUCCCAAGCAGCAGCAGAUGCCAAACAAAUGAGUCUUCCCAGCUCUCUGCAGGGUUUGGUGGUUUUUUUUUUUUCCCUCUUGAGUUUCUCCCAGCUCUGCUGGAGCGUGUGGCAGCAUGUUGGGGACUGAGCUGACAGGAAAUAAGCUGUCUUUUUUCCAUGCUCUUGGCUGGGAAACUCCACAGCUUUGGAGCUGUAUAGGUAAUAAUUCUGGGAUAACUCAUUAGGCAGGACAUGUAAUCAGAUGUUGCCUGUUGGUAACUAAUCAUCCAAAGUGUUCAUUCUGACAGGACAUACACAGCAUUGAUGCUGCUCCUUCAGGCAGCCAAAAAGGACCAACCUCUUCAUGGUAGCAUUUUCUAGAAAGAAUUAUUUUUAUUUUUACUUCUCUCUGCCUAUAUUUACCUCUGCCUGCACCGUUUUUUCGAAUCAAAUUAAGAAAUCCUUUGGCUGAUAAACUGUCCCUGAUAAAGUGACACUGUGCUGGCUGAGAGACUCCUCCAGUGCAGUCUGCAGAGCACACACCACCACGAGAGGAUGUGCAGAGGAAUUUUCAUACCAGGAGCUAUAGGAUUUACUUUAUUUCACUGCCAAAUUAGUAUCACUGCUUUUAUCAACGCGAUUGUGUGUCAUGAUACCUGCAAGAGCAGCAGCCAGGCUUUGUAACCCGGGCCUCUUGCAGCCCUUUGUUCCUGGCUGGAGGAGAUUGCAGCCAUCAAAACAAAAGAGGAACCAUUUUCUCUCCUGGGAACAGAUCACCGAGUUCCCAUUAAGGCAAAACAAAAUUAUGCAAUGAGUCAAGGCAACAGUGCUGGGCAUGUGGAGUCUUGUUGAGUGCUCUGAGCACUCACAUUCCAGCAGGCAGCCUCCCCGUGCAGGAGAGCAGCACGAAAUGGUGGGAGGCUCCAAAGGGCACAUCCAAAACUCCCCAGGUGUGCAGGAAAAGAGAGGUGAGUCCUCAGGUGUGCAGGAAAAGAGAGAUGAGUCCUCCCCACCCCUGUCCUGGCAGCACCUCUGUGGCCUGGGAGCUGUUUGUGACCCUGAGAGAACUCAUGUCCUCACCAGAUACUACCUAAGAUGACUAGAAAAAUUACAUAAAAUAAUUUGUAAACACCACUGUGGCUGCCACAGGCUUCUUUCCAGUGGGUUUAGUUGAGAGGAAAACACUGGGGGAUGGAUUUGCUGUUAUUUUUCCUGAUGAGCCAGAACCUCAAGCUGCUCUGCUGUGGAAAAGAGAUCUCAGAGUCAGGGGCUGAAGCUUGGCUGAAGCAUUCACAAAAGGAAGGAUUGAGUUCAUUGAAUGUGUUGAAUUCCUCUAGGCACGAGGAUUGAAAACACAAUUCCUCUACAUUAUUGCUAAAAAUAUUUUAAUUAAAAUAGAAUAGUCUUUCUGGCAACUUCUCUGGCCCUUCCCAUCCAUGGGAUGCUUCUGCUCAACUGUCUAUAUCCUCUUUUUGCUUUUCUCUUGAGUGAAACCACUCAUUGCCUGGGUUCACUUAAAUGUAAAAAUGUAGAAGCAUAAAGUUAUACUAUACAUGUAAAAGUGUAAAGUUAAAAUCUCUGGAUUUUGCAGGAAUAUCCCUGAUGGAAUACACAUGGAAUAUCACUGAUGGGUUACUCAGAGGUGUGAGUGGACUCAGAGCAAACCCUGUUCCUCCAGUGCAGCAUGAAUUGCUCUACUGUUCUGCAAUAUCAAAUUUUAGCCUGAUUCUUAGCCAGUAUUCUUCCUUGUGAGAGACUCUUAUUACAAAACCAAGCCAAAAAAAAAAAAAAAAAAAAAAGGAAGAUCCAAAAAAAGUGAGCAGCUUAAAUCCUUCAGGGCCUCAGCAUUAGAAUAAGGGAGUCCAUUGUUUCCUAUUAAUGCUGCUCCAAUCCUCUUAAUAAAGAUAACAGGCUGGCUUGGGCACAUUUAUAGCUACAGGUCAUUCUUUCCAGCUGACACAGAUAAUGGUUGGACUCAGAACAAUUGGUCUGAUGUGGGUAAAAGCUGGUGGGCUCCUGGAAGAGAAGGAAGGAGGGCUGGGUGGUGUAAAGAGAGAGGAGGGUCUGAGCUGUGGCUGUUGCUGAGCAGGCAGAGGUCAGGGGGUAUCUGUAAUAAAAGCAAUAAGCAAAGUUCAGUGGGAAGGGGGGACUGGAGUGUUUCCGUGGAUAAAGGCACUAAAGAGGGAAAAGGGGAUAAAGGGGAACUCUUAAAAAUAAGGAAAUAAACUGUUCCUGUUAUUUUUAACUUAAGGUUCUAAGACUGAAUUGUGAAAAUAAGAGGAAAAUGUGGUUUUGUACCUAUUUACUGGUUCUCUCACCCAUUUUGUAUAGAGCACAGCCUAUAGCAGGUAUUCAAUUAAAUUAAUGCAUUAGCAGGUUUUUUUCACGGGAGUGCUUGUUUUUUUUCAGGAUUUCCUCCCUGCAAUUGUUAUUUGUUCUUAUGCCUCAUCUCACUAAAGCAGUUGAGUCACCCCCCCCCAAGCCAGCAUUGAAAAAAACUAAUGUUAUUUCCCUUAAAAUCCUUUUUUUUCCCCUUUGAAAAUCUGCAGUGUGUAAAAAGGGACCCUCAGCUCUCAAAUUCUUUGCCACGAAGGCAUUAAUGCAUAGAAAGCCUCUGACCCUCUGGAGUUUGUUUCUAAAUAGGGCACAGCUCAGAACAUCUGAAGGUCUCUGGGGCUCAUAGGAGGGAAUCUCCUAAUGAUCUUAGUUACUUUUAUACCUGCCUGAGACCAGAGUGCUCCAGUGCAGAGAGGCAACCCUGAGAUCACCCAGUGAGCACCAGGAACUGGAGCAGUGAGAACUCGGGAGAGAAGGGGGCAAGAAGAAGAUAAAACACCAAGAAAAGAAGGUGAAAUAACCACACGCAGAAUUAACAUCGAAUAAAGGCACAAGGCAGCCAGAAGAAAAAUAGGAAGGAAACAGCAGCUAAAGGAUAUUACAAGCAAAGGAAUUUGGGAAGGUUUUCCUUCUUUUCCUUCUGUUUUUGUUGGGUGUUUUUUUUAACCUGCAAAAUGGGACAGCAGUUUACCAACGCUGAAGGGGAGCAAGGGGAGAUCGACGUGGCAGAACUGCAGGAGUGGUACAAGAAGUUCGUGGUGGAAUGUCCCAGUGGGACCCUCUUCAUGCACGAGUUCAAGAGGUUCUUCGGGGUCCAGAACAACCAGGAGGCAGCAGAGUACGUGGAAAACAUGUUCAGAGCUUUUGACAAGAACGGGGAUAACACCAUUGAUUUUCUGGAAUAUGUAGCUGCCUUGAAUCUUGUUUUGAGAGGAAAACUGGAACACAAGCUGAGGUGGACGUUCAAAGUGUAUGACAAGGAUGGGAAUGGCUGCAUAGAUAAACCUGAGCUGCUGGAAAUCGUUGAUUCUAUCUACAGGCUGAAGAGGGCGUGUUGGUCUGACACGGAGGACAGGACCCCACUGCUCACCCCAGAGGAGGUUGUAGACAGGAUAUUUGAGUUAGUGGAUGAGAAUGGGGAUGGGCAGUUGUCUCUUGAUGAGUUCAUUGACGGAGCCAGGAAAGACAAGUGGGUGAUGAAGAUGUUGCAAAUGGAUGUGAACCCCGGGGGUUGGAUCACUGAGCAGAGGAGGAAGAGUGCUGCACUUUGAGAAAAUUCAGCUUUGGUACAGCUGAAAGUGUGAUGCUGACUCCAAGUGUGACUCUUCCUCUAGGGUGGUAGGGACUUUCCCUUGUAAUCCAAUCUCAGCAUCCAGAUGAAAACUUGGAUGGUUUAAGAAGCCGUAUCUCGACCUAAAACCCACGUGCUGCUGGUACCCAGAGACUAUUUUUGGCCCAUGAAUAAGUCUUUCUGUGUGCACAGUACUGUGUUUGCCAGUUCUGGUUUUUGGUUACACCCCAAGGAACAAACUUUUUUUUUGUGGCUUCCUGCAGCAGAUCCUGAGCAGGGUUUUAGUCUGAGGACAGACAGGAUGGGGAGAUAAGAAAGCCAGGCAGUGGUCCUGGUGUUUGCAUCACUCAGAGAUACAACACGUCAAACCACCAGUGGCACCAACAGAGGGGCUCUGGCAGGUGUCAGACAUCCAGGAUGUCUGGGUGUGUAUUUUGUAGCCUAUAAUGUCAAAUUAGGGAAGACCAACAGGUUGCUGAGUCCAAAAAUGAGAAUUGGACUAGAGCAGUAGCCAAGGCACCACACAGAGCUGAGGGAAACAAUGCAUGGGCUGGAGAGGGGGAGCAGUAACUCCUUCCCCUCCCUCCUGUGCACCAGAGUCUGCUCCUUCUGCCUGUCCAGAGGGUCUCUGAGGGGCUGGAUAAAUGCUGUUCUAAACACUGAGCAGCACAGGAAUUGCUCCUCUUCAGGGCCCCAUUUAGAGGACAGAAGGGCACAAGUGGGACUGGGCUCCUUUUGAGCCCUUGGUUUUUAGGGAAUCAUCACUCUGGAACAGCUUCUGCUCUGUGAAGGGUGGGUGAGCUCCAGGAGCUCCAGGGCUUUCACUGCACUGGGGAAAGUUUUGUGUGGAAGCAGAGAUAAAGGGGAGAGCAGAGUUUUGGUUGGCAGUGUCUCUGCAGUGAGAGGGUUUGUGCUGCUUUAUUGGCAGGACCACCCAAUCCUAAAUCACAGGAUGGUUUGGGUUGGAAGGGACCUUAAAACUCCUCCAGUUCCAACCCCUUGUCACGGACAGGGAUGCCACUCUCUAGAUCAGGUUUCUCCAAGCCUUGUCCAGCCUGGCCUUGAAAAGAAUAGAAAAAGUGACAAAAAUCCGAGUUAUGAAGCAGUACAGUGGUUUUACACUGGACUUAAUUUAACCACAGAUACAAAAUUCACACACGUUGCAGGCUGAGCUCUGCUGUUUUAACCCAUAUUUCUACAUGUAUGUAUGUGGAAAAACAAUUUGGGUUGAAUCAAUAUUUUGGGUCGUCUUUAUUGGAUUUACUGGCUCAUUUACAAGAAAAAAUUAAUCAGGAAAAAAUAACAUGAGUUUGCCUGUUUUAUUUUAAUUUUCCCCUGGGGUCAGUGGACCAGGUCAUACCAAUGAAACGAUUUACAACCCCUUUUUCGUGGCCUUUAAUUAGGAGUGUACUAUCUGUCGUUAGUUGAUUAGUUUGCUGGUUUGUGGUCUUGACAGUUUAGCCAGUGUUUAAAUUCAGGGACAUGAGGAAGUGUUCAGGAUAAGGCACAAUCAGUGCUAGAGUUCAAAUCAUAGAGAUUUCCACUUCAAAAUAGCCUUUCUAAGAGUUCUCUGUAAAUACACACUAGUCUGUGCUGUGCUUACUUAUCAGAGCUGAUUAGACUCCUGGUUUAUGCUGCUCUUUCAGGCUCUUUCAAGUCAAUAGUUUAUCAGCCAAAGAUCUGACAGAAAAAUCUCACUUCUGACUCGAGAGCCUGCGUGAAAACAUUCACUUCUGUGAAAUGUGAAUGAAAACAUUCAACUUGUGGAGAAAUGUUUUCAUUAGAGGAUCCAAAUCUCUAAUUCCUUGAAUUUCAGCAUCUCUGAAACUCUGCUUCUUGCACGGUUUUGAAGUGGCUGUUUAGUUACUGUAGUUGCACGUUGCUGGUUGACUUCAAUGCUUUAAAUUCUCUAAUCCUGCUCAGCCCCAAGCACUGGAGGGGCUGUUUGGUGGGCUCAUGCCAGCACCCCUCUCCUGGGGUGCAGAGGGCACCCAGCACUGAGCACUUGCACAGCCCUUGGUAGGAAUUUUCUAACACACGACUUGAAUAAAGAAAUAUUUAUUAAAACC